AUGACAGGACUAACCACAUCUGAAGCUUUACAGAAACUUCAUGCAGAAAUAGAUGAGCUCCUCAGUAGCCAUGAAGAGGAACUGCGGAGGACCUACUGGAAAAGGUUCAUAUGUCGCAUGCAAGACAAAGCUUCUUGUUUCACCCCUCUCUCUUUUCUGUGGAUAUUUGGAAUGGCAGUGCUACUUGUUGUAGCAGCAUCAAUGGAAGAUGUGGACAAGUUUCCAUCUGGCAGUCGGAUGUGGUUGAUCACUGAAGCAGUAUUUUUACUGGCUUCUAUAGUUCUCAACAUUGUGCUACUUUGUUUGAAAAUGAGAAAGGAACAUGGAAAACAUAUUGCACUGAAGAGAAAACUGUUAAAUUUGUUACAAGAAGCAUCUUCCAGGCAGAACUGGCGGCCAGACCAUUUCCCAGACAAGCAUAUCCCACUUUCUCCUUGUAUUUCCUUACAAUGGUGCAUUCGUGAUGGCGUAGUGGUGAAUAUGCCCCAACCUCUUCUAGUCCUUGGGGAUGUUGUGGUCAUGAGGCCUGGUCAUGCUGCACCAGGCAAAUGUCGGGCCGUAACGGAGGAUGGUGAGUUACAGGCAGGUGAAAAUUAUUUUCCGGAACCUCCGCAAGCAAAAGGUCAAGGUCCACAGCCACGUUUGCCAAUGUCCACAAAGAAGUUUGUUUUGGAGGAAACCCCCAUUGUCAAGAAUUUUAG